CAAUGUCAUCUUAUGUCGCGCGCUCGCUUAGUAAGCACUUGUUCGACUUUGCUCACUCGCGAGCUCGCUAGCUAAGUCAAACGGCACCGUGAUCGACUCUACUUUAGAUUGCUAACAGAACAGAGUGCUACGCCUUCUUAUUGAGUGUUAUCACCCUCAUGAUGGUAUUCUUGCUCCGUCUGCGUCGAGGCUCAUACAUCAGGCGUUCCGUCAAAUUGAAUGCUCGUUUAAGGUAAUUGUAUUGCACCUUCUGAAUAUAGAAGACCCCAAAACUCCACGUACCAACUGCAGCGCUCACUUGCUAUGUUAGACCUUCUCACGAGUCACAGUGCGCUUGGAUUAGUUUCUGCCGCCUUUGCAAUCAGCUUGGUACUCAGAAGUUACUUUGCCAAACCGAAGCUGCCUCACAGUGGUAAAUUACCACCUGGUCCAGCUUUACUCCCAAUCCUAGGUAGUGCACUGGCAGUUGAUGUGACCGCCCCUUGGCUAACCUACAAGGCAUGGGGCAAUCAAUACGGUGACGUGGUAUAUACUCGACUUUUUGGUCAGGACAAUAUCAUUAUCAACUCUGAGCGGGUUGCAAGAGACCUCCUUGAUCAUCGCUCACAGAAUUACUCCGACCGACCAGAGAUCGCAACCAAUGAAUUAUUUGGCAUCGAUUAUACUACCGCCUUUAUGCGAUAUGGUAGUAGAUGGCGCCUUCAGCGGAAAAUUCUACAGCAGUCCUUCCGACAAGCCGCAGUCCCCACUUUUCAGCCCAUGCAAAUAGCUAAAAGCCAUGACCUUUUAUUAAACCUCCUCGAGGAUCCUUUGAACUACCAGGAACAUCUUGAAGCCCAUUCAGGUUCAGUCAUUUUGUCCGCCGUGUAUUCGUAUGAUGCAGCACGACGUCAUGACUACAUGAUUGAGCGCGGAACCAUGGCUCUGGAGCUCAUGCUGAAAGAGUUGAGACCGGAGGUAGCUGCCGUUUUUAGUGCUUAUCCUUUUCUUCUCCGCCUCCCCUCUUGGCUGCCUGGUAUGCGUCUCAAGAGAAUUUCACCUUUAGCCAAGGAAUUGGCCGUGGAAAACUUGGAAAGGCCAUUUGCGCACACAGAGCGUAGUCUGGCUAUGGGGUCCGUUUCUCAUUGCAUGGUCGCUACACAUUUGAGGGAGCUUGAUGAUGGCCGCCACGGCGAUUCUGCCUGGCAGAAGAAAGCAAUACAGGAAUCCACAGCAACCGCUUCUGGGGCUGGCACUGAGACGACAGCCGCUGUGUUGAUGAAUUUCGUGCUGGUGAUGAUUCUCCACCCAGAUGUACAACAGAAAGCGCAAAAACUUGUUGAUAGUGUGGUUGGCCAAAAGAGACUGCCCACAUUCCACGAUCGUCCAUCCUUGCCCUACAUUGACGCCAUUUUACGGGAGUGCUUGCGGUGGCACCCAGUUUUCCCUCUUGCGAUCAUGCAUGCUGCUGUCGAAAGCGAUAUUUACGAAGGUUAUUACAUACCCAAAGGUGCUACAGUCACCCCGAAUGUUUGGGCAAUGUGCCACAACGAAGAUAAAUACGCGAAUGCGUACGAAUUCAAUCCUGACCGUUUCCUGAACCCAGAUGGCACUCUGACAGACGAUACUGUGAGUUUCGUGUGGGGAUUUGGGCGACGGAUAUGCCCUGGUCGUCAUCUCGCCGAAGCUUCUAUAUGGUCUGCCAUCGUCUGUAUGCUUGCAGUUUUCAAUUUUUCCAGGGCCAAAGACGAGACUGGUAAAGAGAUUGAGAUCGAGCCACGCUGGAAUCCAGGGCUUACUGUGCGCCCUUUGCCAUUCCCUUGCAGUAUCACUCCGAGGAAUGCGGAUAUGGAUAUCACGGCCUUGCAGCAUUUGAUCAGGGUAUCUGUUUAAUCUAUAUCGAAUAAUGAUGUAUUAUUGGUGUAGUAGCGAGUCCUGAAUUGGUGCUGAUUUUUUUUCCCUCGACACCCACACCCACUCAAGUGGGACUCUCUGUCAUUGUACCUGGUUAUAUUAUGGACCCUUCGUAUCAUGCUUCUGUCUUUGCCACCUCCGAAACUGUAUGCAUUGUGAUGGGUGUUGGAGUUGCUAUUCGAAGUUUUCUGCUGAAGGCCAAGUAUCCCAUUCAAUUUCUGGCCUUCGGUGUUUUCCCUUUCGCAU